UUAAAUGUUGCUGCUCGCUUUAAGUUAGUCACUGGACGAGUGCGUGCUUCGGGUGUUUCGUCAGUACCUUUACUUUGCUGUUUCUGAUCGUGUCGAUGCUUUGUUGUAUUCGUCGUUUACUAACGAGCACGAGUCCCGCGUGGCUGUUCUCUAACUGAUCUGUUACGUUGGAUACUUUUUGCUGAGAGUUACUUCCGCAUUUUAACAGGAGUUGGUGGGAGCGCCAGCAGGGUUUUCUCAGCGCAGCUGUGCGAGACUCGUCUCCAGACAUGGCGGUGUUCGACAACUGCUCGGUGCUGUUCGAGCUCAGAGGUUUGUCGUUCAAGGAGAAGAAGACGGUGAAAUCAGCAGUCACAGGUCACGGAGGCAACCUUUCGUUUGUGGUCAACAAACAGUGCUCUUUGGUAGUGACAACCGAUGUAUCCAACCUAAGCUCCAACAGGCUGCGUAGCAUUCAGAAACACCACACACCUGUGGUCGGGGUGGAUUACGUGUACAGGUGUGUGGAGAGAGGAGUUCUCCUGCAGGUGGAUGAAUACAAGCUGGACACGUCCUCUGCCUUAUCAGCUCCUCUUCAUCGCUCCUCCUUCAAGGCGGCUCCACUGGCUUCGCUCGCACCUCAGCAGAUAGGGUCAAAAGGCCGGGCCCAACCUGUGGAGUGUGUCAGUGGGACUCAGAGGGCAGAGAGUCCUGAGAGGAGUGGGAAUGUGCUGGACAGGUUCAGAAUUUAUAGAGACACUGAUUCGGAUCUUCCAUCAGACCAAAGUGACUUUCAAGUGGCAAAGUAUUCGAUCUUUGAAAAGGUAAACAGCAACAGUUGGUGUGUGCUGGAGCUGCAGAGCUUCAAAGGGGAGGAGGGGCGGCAGUACCGUGUGGUCAGAUACUGGAAGGAUGAUAUACUCUGUGGGAAGAAGGCCGUGAGGGACAAGCUGGUGUUUUUGUCCACCUCAGAGGAAGCUCUGGAGGUGUUCCAGGCCCUGAGAGACAGCCUGGAGGCUUCAGGUCUGCGGAGGCAGAGCAGGUUUCCUCCUUCUGCCUGUGAGAUGGGCUCUGCGCCCCUGCAGCAGCUGCUCCUGGAAGAGAAGCUCAACACAGGAAGCUUAUCACAGGAAGUGGGUGUGUUUGUGGAGCUGCUGUGGACCGAGGCGCUGGGCUGCCUCGACAACAUCCUCAGAGUUUCAGUGGACAAGCUCAGCCUGAAUGAUGUGAGCAGGGCAGAGGGCUUGUUGCUUCAGGCUCAGAAGAAGCUGACAGAGGGAAACCACACUGAGCUGAUGAGUCUCCUGGAGGACGUCUACACUCUGCUGCCACACAGACAACUCUCCAUAUUUCCCAGCACCAAGCUCAUCUCUCAGAAACUGGACCUCUGUCAGUUAAUCCGAGAUGUUCUGAAUGCAAGUGAGAUGACUCUGAGGAGCCCCGCCCCUUCCACUGUGGGGAAGUAUCGAGCUCUGAGGUGCAGCGUUGAGACGGUUCCCCCCAGUAGCUCCGAGUUUCAGGCUGUGACCGAUCUCCUGCAGGACAGCAGGGUGCAGAUCCAGCAGAUUGUGCGUGUCGGCCGAGGGGUGGAGCUUCAGACCUUUAAGAGCGAGCUGGGGAAUGUUAAGCCACUCCUCCAUUCCUCCAGUCCCAACAACUUUGUGGGAAUCCUGUCUCGUGGCCUGCUGCUGCCCCGCGUGGGAGUCGAGCACCACGGCAUAGAAAGAACCGACGUCGGCAAACUGGGCGGUGGGAUCUACUUUAGUGAUUCCCUGAGCACCAGUCUGAAAUACUCCAAGCCCGGCGUGACGGAUGGCUCCCGGUUGUUGUUGGUGUGUGACGUUGCGUUGGGACGUUGCAGGCAGGUCUACAGGACGGACGUCCUGCUGAAGCAGGCUCCCGACGGAUACGACAGCGUGCGCGGAGUCCGCCGCGCUCCAAACACUCCCUCUGAGUUUGAGGAUGAUGAGUAUGUGGUAUACAGUCCUGAUCAGGUGAAACUCAAGUAUGUGGUUCAGUUCAGCAUCCAAGGAGACCAGCUAAAGGCCUUCACUCCUGCCGUGGACAUGUCACCUGAGCUCUGUCUUCCUUGUUCUGCUGAAGAGCUCAGUUUAGGCGAUGAUAUGUUUGAAAGCAGUAAAAACCCCUUGGAAGAGGUGACCGCCGGACUGUUGGACAGCGCUGGUCAGCAGCUCCCUCUGCAGGCCGUUCAUGUGAAGUGUAAACUGAUGGAUCUGCUUUCGCAGGUCAUCAUCUUCCAGAAAUACACAAAUCUGAGCUCAGUGCCCAUUGAGGCAAAGUAUGUUUUCCCUCUAGAUGAUUCAGCUGCAGUGUGUGGGUUUGAAGCUUUCAUCAACGGGAAGCAUGUCGUGGGACAGGUGAAGGAGAAAGAAAAAGCUCGCAAGGAGUACAAACAGGCUAUUGAGAAAGGACAUGGAGCUUAUCUCAUGGACCAGGAUGCACCUGAUGUGUUCACCAUCAGUGUGGGUAACCUGCCCCCUGGUGCAACUGUCCUCAUCAAAGUGACCUUUGUCUCCGAGCUGAUCGUCAGGGACGGCACAAUUCUCUUCUCCCUGCCCGGCAGCGUGGCUCCGUGGCAGGAGAGUGCAUCCCUCAACCAGACCACACAGGUCAGUGUGGAGAAGGUGUGUGUAACUGAUGAAGCUGCGAGUGUGAGAGAGUUCACCUUGGACCUGUCAGCUGAAAUGCCCUAUGAGAUCUCCAGCCUGCAAUGUAUCACUCACCAAGUCAAGAUGAAGAAAACCGACUGUAAGGCAGUGGUGAGCGUGCUGCCAGGACAGAUCAUGGGUCCAGAUGGAUUCCAGCUGUCCAUCAUGCUGUCUGACGUCCACCUGCCCAGGAUGUGGGUGGAGAAACACCCUGACAAGGACAGCCAGGCCUGCAUGUUGGUUUUCUAUCCAGACUUUGAGGUCAGCUCCAGUUCAGACGCAGAUGAAGUCAUCCUGCUGUUGGACACGUCCGAGUCCAUGAAGGGAGAGUCUCUCCGCUCGGCCCGCAGAAUCGCCCUGCAGAUUCUCAAAAGCCUGGAUCGCAGCCUGAGACUCAAUGUGGUUUUCUUUGGAACAGAUCACACAGAAGCUUUUCUAACAGUGACGCCACUUGGUGAAGUUUAUGAAGAAGCCCAGAGAUUCAUCAAGCACUCCGCUCCAUUAGGGGGAGGCACUGAGCUGUGGCGUCCCCUGCGAGCGCUCAGCCUGCUGCCUCCAUCGCGCGGCAUCAGGAACCUGCUGCUGCUGUCGGACGGCCACAUCCAGAACACCGAGCUCACCUUGAAGCUGCUCAGAGACGAUGCUCAGCACAGUCGCCUCUUCACCUGUGGCCUCAGCACAAUGGCCAACCAACACAUGCUGAGAGCCCUGGCUCAAGCAGGGGGCGGAGCCUAUGAGUUCUUCGACACAAAAACCAAACACAACUGGGCAGAGAAGGUGGCCUGUCAGCUGAAGCGUAUGGCAUCUCCUGGCUGCAGUUCAGUGUCUGUCAAGUGGCAGCAGUUCAGCCCAACAAGUCCACCUCUGCAGGCUCCCAAGCAGCUGCAUGCUCUGUUCAAUGACUGUCACACUCUGGUUUAUGGCUUUGUGCCACACUGUACUCAGGCGACUCUACUGGGAAAUCUGAGUGGUCAGGAGCUCAAAACAAUGGUGUCAACCAGCGAGCUGCAGAAAACAAAGGGCACAUUUCUUCACAAGCUCACCGCGAGGGCCGUCAUCAGGGAUUAUGAAGACGGGAACCUGGACACCAGUGAAGCUGAACACGAGGGUAAGAAAGCAGAGUUGAAGUCCUUCAUCAUCGAGUUAAGCAAAGAGUUUUCCAUCCUGUCUCAGUUUACCAGCUUCGUGGCCAUUGAGGAACGGGACUCAGAGCAACCACAGCCUGGUUUUACAGACAUCCCCAAGCUGAUUGCAGAGGAAGAUGUGGACUUCCUUCCCUACAUUAACUGGAUUUCUCCCGAGGAUGAUGAAGACCUAAUAGAGGCAUACUCUUUGGAGGAAGAUUGCGGCUUUGAUUUGUUUGAGAUUUGUGGUUCACUCACGAGUCCCGACUCCUCUCCUCCAGCUCCACCUCCUUCUUCUUUUAAGGAGCUUGCUUCAAUGUAUUCUUUUUCUGGACACCCGGCUCCCCCUCCGCCUCCUUCUUUUAUGAAGUGUGCUUCAGACGAUGUUCCCCACCUUUCUUUUCUUGGACACCCGGCUCCCCCUCCGCCUCCUUCUUUUAAGGAGCUUGCUUCAGACGAUGUUCCCCACCUUUCUUUUCUUGGACAUCCGGCUCCCCCUCCGCCUCCUUCUUUUAAGGAGGGUGCUUCAGACGAUGUUCCCCUCCUUUCUUUUUCUAGACCUCCGCCUCCUUCUUUUAUGAAGCGUGCUUCAGAGGGUGUUUCAAGACUUAUUCCACAAGGACUGUCCAUCCCUUCUUCAUUUUGUGGUUACUAUCCUCGUAGUCAAUCCAUGGAUUCAUUUUCAUUUGGCAUUUCAUCAUCAUCAGACAGUCAGGCAGUGAAGGACAUCGAUAUUCCAAUAUUCCAGAGCUGUAGCACUCAGAUUAGCAGGUCAUCACUCCACACUCAAGGUUACACUUCAGCGAUGAGUAAUCGGGUACUGAGUGCACUUGAUUCUGUGUCUGAUGAGGAAGAACAGAGUUCAUCUGUUGAAGGCGUUUCUUACAGGGCCUGUAAAAAGCCUAAAAAAUACAAAGACGGAGCAGCCAGGCGUCCGUCUUUCAGAGAACAACUUCCUGAGACGUCAGCUCCAGUGGAUUUAGAGCACCAAGCAAAACCUCACCUCCAAAUAUAUGGUCAGGCAGGGAAAAGACCCGAGUUUAAGAGUAAAGUCUUUCCUGAGAAGUCCUAUUUGUCUCCCGAAUUGUGCGGCCUCAGCACAAAUGGGAGUCUUCCUGACACUGCUCCUGCAGCAGUACCGUCUCAGGUGGUUGUUGAAUCUGAUGAAACGGCUCCUCUGUUUGUUGCACAGACUGCCAGAGACAGAGGGCCGUAUUUUGGGUCAGCUAAGUUUACUUCCAGUGGCUUUCACUCUCAGUUAGGUAGCUCAAGCUCCACCUAUGAUGGUGCUCCGGGAUAUACAGUGGUUCCUGUGACGUCAGCUCCAUCAGAUUUAGAGCACCAAGCAAAACCGGACUUGUGCUUACGAUCAUUAAGGCGGAUAAGGGGAAGACCCUGCGGGAGAACAACUUCUUAUCUUGCGUCCUCUUUAUCUCCCACCUGUUCCGACAAAGAUGUUCCUGUAAGCCCUGCAAGGGCUCCUGAGAAGGCCGCUCAGCUUCAUCGCAGAGGAAGGGCUCCCUCUUAUAGUUUAUCCAAAGUUAAGAGUGCAUCACAACCUCACCAUGAACUUGAAGCUCAGAGCAAUGUUCGACAAAUGUUCGUCGCUGGCCAUCAGGAUCUCCCGACUAACCCUGUCCUGCGUCAUCAGUCAGCUGCACCGAAUGCAGCAGAAUCUCCUGAAGCGCUGAAGCUCAAAUGGAUGAAGAUCUUCCAGAUGCAACAUUCAGAAGGGUACUGGGAACUAACCACAGAGCUGGGGGAACUACUUAAUGUCAACGUGGACCUGUUUGCCAACGUGUUCCUGAAGAACAAAGGCAUCCAUUCUCUCGGCGUGACAGCCCACAAAGAUAUCCUGAGGCUGGUGGCGACUCUUCUGGUUCUGCAGCUGAUGAAAGUGGACAAACUGGAAGAAGGCAAACUGCUCCGCACCCUGUUCUGUCUGGAAGAAGCUUCUCAGUCCAGGCCUGAACGAUGGGAGCAGGUGAAGAAGGCGGUGGACUGGGUUUGCUGGGCUGACCGACAGUACCCCUGUGUCUAUUGUCGGCUAGAGUUUGGUUUGAGCUGGGAGUCCGCCACCCGUCAGCUACUGGGUUAUGAAAGCCUCCCUCCCUUCUCGCCUCUCUGUGGUCUUGAUCUACAGAGGACAACGGCCCGAGUACUGGUCCAGUGAGAAGAUGCUGUGGACACCGCGUAGCCUUUCAGAGGGGAUUGCAGUAGCUUUAGAUAUGCUUGUAGAUAAAUAUGCAUGUAUUCCUUUUCCUUUUAAGAAUUGUGUACUCUGUGUGUUUAUACAUGUAUGGAUAAUCUCAAAUCUGCUGUAAUCUAAUUUCUCAAAUGUUACAAAUACAGGUCAUUUACACGGAGCAUUUACUGCACAUAGAGCAGUUGUUUUGUCAUCUGUGAAGUUUGCCCGAAAAGCAAACUGGUGUUUGAUCCAGGUCAGGUGGUAAAAUGUACUUAAUUUGAGACACAAGUUGUUAUUUUUUUUAUUGCAUAGCACAGUAUCGGUUUUUUAAAACACUUCAUAGCUGUUGGUGGCAGCAGUUGUUGUUUGUGCAGUGGGAUAAUGGUGGAGGGUAAAUACCUCUGAUGCUGGAGGACCGAUGUUGACUCUCCAGUGAUUGGGUAGCAGAAUGUAGGAGUCUCCCCUGGUUACGGGCAUCAGCCAGGUUUGUGUCCUUUGUGUUUGAUGCACAUUGUAACACAGUCAGUGACUUGAUACUUAUUUACAUGUAACAAGGGUUGUUGUUAAUAAAUUGCUACUGUGA